AUGAUUGAAUCCAAUGUUAAUCAUAUAAUUAUUCGAAGACGAAUGGGUAUUUUAAAUGGAAAAAAAUUAAAUAUUAAACCAAUAGGAAUUGGUGAUGGAAAUUAUUUACGGACAUUUACUAAUGCUACAAGUUUACAUGGUGUAAUUUAUAUAGGGGAACCCAAAAGACCAUAUUUAGAAAGGUUAGUAUUUAGCUAUCAGUUUAAAUAAUAUUAUAUUACAUCAUUAAUUUAUGAAAAUUAUUAAAAUCUCUAAUUUAUAAUUUGAUUUUUGCAAAUUAUACAAAAAAAAUUGUGAAUAACAUUAAUUUAGAUAAUUAAGAAUAAUUUGUGUUUCCAUUUCAAAUUUAUACUUAAAUAGCCUAAUAAGUACUUACUUGGUAUUUUUAUACAAUUUGUGAACAUUUAUACAUAAUUGUAAUAUUCAUGUUUCUAAUUUGAUAUUUUAAAAAAACUGUAAAAUACUUGUAUUGUAUCAUGUAAUAUACAAGUAAGAAAACAUUUCUAGGCUCAAAACUUAAUGUAUUUUUAUGUUUUAAGGAUUUUAUAGGGUAAAAUAAUUUUUCCCCGAUAUAUUACAUGCAAUUUUAUUUUAGAUUCUGAACUCAAAUCUGAUUCUUGGUUUUAAUAUGUGUGCACCUUUUUCUUUCUGUCUAAACAACUUUUCUACCAGUAAUCUUACUUCAAUGAUUUUGGAAUUUUCUUGUAAAAUUUUUGAUUUAGUUAGUACAUUGAGGUAGCCUUUUUUUUGAUUUUCUAAGUAGUUAUUAUAAUAGUUAAGAAAAAACUGAAAAAUAUAUGACUGUAAAAGUUGUAUUAUUUGUCUACUAGAAAUUUACACCAAAAUAGCUGUUUUAAUAUUAGCAUUUAUUCUGAAAGAAAAUUAUGUCUAGUUGAUGUAUAAGUAAAACUUUUAAAUUAAGCCAUUUUAAAACAUGUUAAUCAAACAUAACUUAGAAUUUUAUUUUAUCAGUAAUGAUUUAUCAUUGUGUAUACUGAACAGAGAUAAAUCAAACGGCUAGGUAUGUAUCCUAUCAUCCUAAGUUCUCACCCAAAAUCAGUGUCACAUCCAUUAGUAGUAGAUAAAUUUUUUUUAAUUUUAAUUAUAUUUAUUAGAAUUCAAGGGAAAAGUCUCAUUGUAAAUUAAGGUAUAAAUUUAAUUUACAACCCAAGCUCAAUUUUUCCAAAUGUGUGGCUUCGCUUGUACAUUAAGAAUCUAAAAAACAAAUGUCAGACGAACUUGCUAUUUUUCAAGGUUUAUGUACAUUAACUAUAAAAGUAUGAUAGGUAUGUUUUGAUUAUACCAACGGAUUAGGCAUUAAAUCUCUCAUAUUAUAGAAAAUAAAUAAAUUAGAAAAUGAUAAAUUCCCACUAAGAAAUAUGCGAAACUAAAAACCAGAAUUUCAUAGUUUUCCACAUACCUUUCAAAUGAAGUUUUCAGACUUUUUUUAGAUUCUUUAUGUACAGGCAAAAAUACACAUUUUAAAAAUGAGCUUGGGUUGUAAACUAGAUUUGUUCCAUUAAUGUAGGCAAUCUUAUUUAAUUUUUUUUUAGCAAAAUAAUGAUUUUUUAAAAACUAAAAAAAAAAAUGUAUAUUGUCAUCACUUGAACCAUUUUUUUAAACCAAAAACGUUCUCAUUUUUUUCGCGAAAGCUUUAUAAUAAACACAUCAAAUUUAACAGAAAAAUCUAUUUAAUAAUUAUUAGGGCUCGGAAGUUAUAGGAAUCGCAUAUUUUUCUGUAUGCACUGAAUUUAUAGCAGACAAAGCUAGAAAUACGCUCUAUACAAUGGAGAGUUUAAAAAUUUAACUUUUAAAAUGCACAUUUCGUUGGUUUUUACAUUUUCAUGCAUAUUUAUUAAUUUCUAAAAAUAUUGAUUUUUUUUAUCUUUCCUGGCCAAUUCAUUUUACAUAAUAUAAAAUUUAAAAUUCAAUAUUAUUUAAUGUAGUUAUUUAUUAUUAUUUCUUUAAUAAUUAUCUAAUUAAUCUAAUUAUUAAUUUAACGACAACAGUGCUAUUCAUAUUUAAUCUUUAUCUUAGUUUUGUUUAUUAAUAAUUAAAUUAUAUGUUUUUGAAUAAUAAUCUGAAUUAUUUUUUACGUAUUUAACAUUUUUCCAUGCAUAUUUUAGAAUUUUUUCGUGCAUGUUUCCAUACAUAUUUUGCCUUUUUUAGUACCUAUAACUUCUGAGCCCUAAUAAUUAUCUUUUAAAUAUUACAAUUUAUGUAAAAUUACAUAUUUUAUCAGGAUAUUUUGGAUAUGUGUUAUGUCUUCGGUAUUCCUUAUUUGUGGAUAUCAAAUACAUCAAUUGUUAAACAGUUGGAUGGAAAGUCAAAUAAUCACAACACUGAGUGAAAGUAAUAAAUAUUCUUUAUCAGCUUCAGAUUAUGUGCCAUUCCCUGGAAUUACAAUAUGCAGUGAUUUACAAUUGCAAUACCUUGAAAAAAAAAAAACCAUUGUUAAUCAAACACUUCACAAGUAUCUAUUAUUACUAUGAUAAUUAAUAGGAAUUAGUAUCUAGGUGUAUAAACAUAUAUUUAACAUUGCAUUUAUUUCAGUGAAUAUGAAGAUGGUAUUAACUUGCUGUGUCAUAUUUAUGAGCCUAAUCUAGCUGUAAACCAAAAAUUUAUUAACCCAAACUCAUGGAAUUUAUUAAUAAACGUAAGAUUUGAUUGCCAAUUAAUUUUCAGUGACUUGAUCGAUAUUUGUGUACUUCUUAUACAUUUAAUGAAUGAGUAUAGUUUUUUAGAUUAUAAAUACCCAUUAGUUAUUAUAAACAACUUUUUGAGUAUUUAUAAUAUUAUUAAUAGAUAGGUACCUAUUUAUUGAUUGUGUUGUUUGGUUUUGUAAUGUUUUUAAAUUUGAAAAACACUUUUAAACAUUACUACUAAUAUAUAUAGACUAUAGAUACAAGUACCAUAUUUAAUUGUCUUAUAGUAACAUUUGAUUAAAAUCAAAAAUUAAAAUUAAAGAUUUUACAACAGGUUAUUAUAAAAAUGAAAGUUUUGAGUUUGAACAAUGUAAUAUAUGUUUUAUACGUGUUACAUUAUUGUUUACCAAUGUUUUAUUUUUAAUAAUAUUCAUAUAAUUAUAUGAAUAUUUUAAUAUUGUUGUCAACAUGUUUUCAAAUUGUGACCAAAAAAUGUUGUGCGAGCCAAAUAUUAACACAUUUAAAAUGUAUUAAAAGUUAUACUUAAAUCAAGUUGCUGUAGAAAUUAAUUAAUGAAACCAGAUUUAAUAUGUAUUUACAUAUUUUAUAUAAUUUAUUAAAGGAACAUAGAAUUUUUUGUAAACAGCGAGUUGUAUCAAUAUCUUGGACCCAAGAAAAUAUUGACAUACCUUGUCAAUAUUUUCAACCAAUUUAUACAAACUAUGGCAUUUGUUAUUCAAUGAAUAUGAUUCCUUUCAACCAGCUACUUAGUAACGAUUAUAAUCUUGUGUAAGUUUCAGUUUGUAAAUUCUGUGGAAAAGCGCAGCUAAUUAAUAAUAUUUAUAUAUUAUAUAUAGUUUGUCAAAAUUAACUCAUCCUAAGUCUGAUAUUAUUACAAAAGCAAAUGAAACGAUGUGGAAUCCAGAAAUUGGUUUUAGUAAAAAUGCAAAACCAUUUCAUAUACCAUGGAAAGUUAUAGGUGAUACUAUUGAAGAUUCAGUUACAAUAAAAUUUAAUUUAAAAAAAGAAAAUACAGGAAUACACUGCCCGAUAACAGAUACAGGAAUGACUGUAAGUAUACUCAACUAAAUAUUAAUUCAAUUUUAAAAUAUUUGAAGUAUAAAGUUCAUUGUUAGUAUACCUACCUAAUACUUAAUUUAAAAAGUUAUAUUAUUAUUUAUAAUUUGAAUUGAGUUAAUAUAUUUUUGUUAGGUUUAUCUACCCAUCACCACGUUUUAAGAUAUACAAUAGGUAUCAUUGUAGACGUCUUAAAUUGUGCCUACAGCCAACCAAUACAAUUAAGAUGUUAUGAUGUCUUAGUUUGUGUUUCAUCUAUUGGUAUUUUCAUUACUAGCACAAAGUUAUCAAGUCAAUUGCAUACUAUUAUAUUGUUACAUACAGUAGCACCUCAAAAUUGCUGACUUUUGGAAACAGGAAUUUUAAACUGCAAUUUGAACUUCUCUGAAAAGCAGAGACUAGUUUCAAGACGGGCACAUUUUAUUGGUUAUUUUAUUGUAUUUUGUUAUUCUAAAAAGUAGUUGGAAAUAUAAGAAUUAUUAGUGCCCCCCCCCCCCAAAUUGCUUUUGAUUACGGUAUUAUAGAAUAUCUAGUACCGAAGAAUAAUGCACAAAGCUUUGAAGCAUGAGUGUCUAAAUAGCUCAUACUUACCAAUUUUUCGAGUCAGCAAGGGAAGUAGUAUGUGUUAAGGGCAGAAGUAUGUUAUGAGAGAGUGGAAGUUCAGGCUGCGCAUUAAUUUGAUUAAAACAGUCGUUACCGGGAAAGUCAAAAUGUUUCUUGAUGGGAAGCUUCAAGCAGCCAUCAAUUUCUAAACAUAUUAUACAUAACAUAACAUAUUACAAUAUAUAUAUAUAUAUAUAUGGCGAGAUGCCUAUAUAGGCACCUACUAAUAAUAAAUACCUACCCUCCUAACUACGGUACUCUCAGCUUCUCUGUUAUCUGGCUGUCAUCAGACAAGAGAACUACCGGAUUAACCGUUAAUCAUUAACGAAAACGCUUAAUUAUUUUAGGUUCAAAUAAAAAGGCAUUUUUACUUAUUAAAAAUCCCUAAUUCAUUUUAUUAAAACAUAGAUAGUAAAUACUUACUGAUUUACAACACAAUAACUAACCGGAUACAUAAUAAACACGUCAAUGGUAACUGUAUAACUAAAAUAAAAUAUCUAAUCGGUUCAUUCGGUAAUCGGUUAGUUUUAAUUGUUUAUGAUAAUAAUUUUACGGUUAUUAAACGAAAAAAAAGUAGGAUUAUUGCACAGCCGGAUUAUCGAGAGUGCUGUAUUGAAUAAUAAUAUUUAAUUUUUAAUUUUUUGUUCUAGUUGUUUCUGCACACUCCGAAUGAUGUGCCUGUUAGUAUUCAACCAACUGCAUAUAUUAGCGUUAACAGCGUAAUUUAUGUUACAACAACGUUUACUAUAAGGAAAUCAUCUGAAAAUCUUUCUGGUUGGAAACCAGAAAUUCGACAUUGUUAUUAUCAGCACGAGAGAACAUUAAAGUUUUUCAAAAUGUAUACAAUUAGUAACUGCGAUAUCGAGUGUAAAGCUAAUCAUUCGUUGAAAAUGUGUGGUUGUGUGGCUUUUUAUCAUCCAAGUGAGACCAUCAUCAUUAUUAGUACUUACCGAAACUUAUUUUUAUCCAAGUAUAACCGACAGCAGUAAGGGGUCUGUUUGACACACUACUUCACACACUGCUGCCACCGUUUAUUAAAAUAUAACUUAUACCGUAUGUACAUUUUACGCCUUUCCCUGGGGGGAGGCUAAUAUAUUCAUAAGUCACACAAAUCAACCUUUGGGGAAUGCGCGGACCAGCGAACAUCCCCCCUGACGAGCUGUGGUGGACCCAGGUGAAGGCCCGACCUUUUCACGAACCGGUUAGAACCCGCCGGUCCGGGAUCUCGUCCAUGAUACCACUUUGCGGCAGGUGGCGUGAGCGCCAAACGGCCCGGGCAGUCGUGCGACGUGUGUCCGGUGGCGGCCGUUCUUCCCUCGCCUCGGAGCAGUGGCGGCGCGGAGGUGUAUUUCAGUCGAGCGAUUCGCAGAAAAAAUUAAAACGGGUGUGUUGGUCGUGGGUGCCCGGGUGUCCUGAUAUGCAACGAAAGUUUUACAAAGCAAAGUGAUUACAAGCAUUUUAGACUGCUGAAAUUUGACGAAUUUUAUUGAAAUGUGUUAAGUUCCAUUGGAGUUUUGGUAGAGUUGGGUGGGUGGGCGGGUGGAAAAUUGAAUGGGCGACUCGCGGUAAAAAUACUCGGCGCCGCCAACGCCUCGGAGAGUGCCUGCCGACCUAAAUGCCUACACAGCACGCCUAUAGAAAAUACUAUUAAUAUCAAUACGGGACACGCCAAUGUUAAAAUGCUUGCGACAUACUGUACGACCCCAGACGGUACAGUCUCCAACUAGAAUACACCGGGUUUGCGCGUCGUGACUGUGACCUAACCGCCCGAUUUACCACCACUACGCGGCCAACGGCACGCCGGUUACUGAACGGCAGACGCGCGGAAACGAGAACAAAAACUGGUCGGCACCCGGCGUAUUCUGGUUUGUGACGGAGUACGGAUAUUAUCACUAUAAGUCGCGGUGGUUGCGUGUAUGAGAAACCCUUGGGCGCAGUCGAUCUGUGAUAAAGAAAAAAAAUCCUUAUCGUUUUUUUUUAUUUUCUUCGUCUAAAAUCGUACCUACUUGAAUUUUCAACGUUUGGAAUUUGAAAUUUGAACAGUUCUGGACUUCAGUGUUUAUUCCGAUCUUCGUAUAUUUUAAUAUUAUAAAGUUUUAACAAUAUGUACAACAGUCGAAAAUUAAAUACUGUAAAAAGCCAUUUUGGUUACUGUAUGAACUAUUUAUGAGAAACCUUGUUCUUUUGUUAAAUUUUAAAAUUUUUUGUUUGAGCAAUAAAUUAUUUAUAGACUAAUUUAAAAAAAAAAAAAUCAAUAAAUUCUUAUAGCCAAAUAUAGUCAAACAAUUUUAUUAUCCACGGAAAAUGCUCAUAUAAAUAUUUGGUGAAAAUUUAAAGCAUUUCUACUGUUAGAUUUUAGUUUCUGAGUUACAUCAAGUUUUAUCAAAAAAAAAAAAACGGGUGCGUAAAAAUUAUACCAUUUAUUCUUAUUUUUGUUUAUUUUUUUUUUUUUGGUUUUGCUGAUGCAUUUGAAAACUACUGGGAAUUUUUUACUUUUUAUUCCCCAAAAUAUCAACUAUUUUUUUACAAAUUCACUCAACUUCUAAAAAAAAUUUAGUACUAUUAGUCUGUCUUAUAAAUUUUAAAUAUUAUAUUUUAGUACUACUAUGUAAUAAGUAUAAAUAAUCUCUAAACAUUUUUCUACUGCAACACUUACAAUUUUUCAUUUGCUGGAAAUGUAUGGAAUUUUAAUUAUUUUUACUACUUUUAUUGCAGUUCCAGUAUCAACAAGUCAUGUGAGAAUACUAUGUAAUGAAAUAAGUACAAAGAACAAAUAACACAAAUAAAUAGUCAGUAAAUGUAAAGAAUAAUAGAUAUAUAUAUAUAUAUAUAUUCUGUAUUUAAACAAACCAUUGUUAUCAUUGUCAAAAAUUAUAUUACCAAAUAAUACAGACAUCUAUUUAUAGUAAUGGCUAUUACGUUUAGACAACUUAACAACCUCGGUAUGGGCCGAUAAUCUAUUUCUUAUGUAUAUUUGAAUUUCCAAUCAUUAAUUGAUAUGUACUUAAUAUAAUAUUAGAUUCGUUGCUGUAAAAUGUUUUUAAGUUGGCAUCCCCUACGGUUUCAAAGGGACAAAAUGUGUCGCGCUUUUUAAUCGAUGUGUCCCGUAUUAUUAUUUGUAGUAUUUACCGCUAUGAUAUAAGUACAACAGUACAUAUUGAUACUUGUACUUAUAACCUAAUGAUUUUAAUUUUACAAUGUUUUUCAUCACCAUUCAAAUUAAAACUUUCUCAAUUAAUACUUUACAUUUUAAGGUAGCUGUGGGGUCAGCCUCCUCCCUUCCUCGCUUCAUUGAUUAUGUAUAUACAGGAUGAUUUUUUCAUCAUGAACCAGCAAUUAUCUCAGAGGAUUUUAAGUGAAUUUGAUUUCUGUUUUUUCUAAUCGUUAUGGAAUCGUUUAAGCUUUAUAUUAAAAUCAUUUUUAAUUUUUUACCUCUACUCUAUAUACUUUAAAUAAGUGCAUACUUUUGAUUUUCAAAUAAGAACCCACCCCCCUUUUUUGAACACAGAUUUAAAUAGAGAAUAUUUUUCUAUAAACUUUGAUAUGCAUAAUACUAAUAUCAGAUUUACUGUUUAUGAGUUACAAUAAUUUAAAGUUUAAAGUUUAGAUGGGAGAAGUAGGGAAGAGUAAUAUGGUUUUAAAAUAAAGCUUAAACGAUUCCAUAAUGAUUAGAAAAAACAGAAAUCAAAUUCACUUAAAAUCUUCUAAGAUAAUUGCUGGUUUAUGAUAAAAAAAUCACUGUAUUGUGUAUAUAAUAUGUUUGAUAUGUAUAUAAUAACUAAUAAGUACCUACUUAAUUUAGAAAAAAAAUGUAGGACUCUUGUAUUCUUUAUUAGCUCAUUAGUCUAUCUUAUGUUUAAUUACCCCGAAUAAUUAGUUGCUGGACGUUGAGGUACUCAGUUGUCUUGUUUUACCGUAAGUCAAGUAGGAACCUACUGUAAACUUAAUAAUUAACGUUAGUUGCUGUCUUAAUUACUAAUAUUAAUACAAAAUAUAAACAUUUUCUUCAAAUUAAACAUGUUCAACUAAAUGUAAUACAGUACCUAUGUUAUAACUUAUAACUUUUAAACUAUAUUAUUAAACACUUUUUUAGUAUGUUUAGUAAUAGUUUACCAAAUACUUAAUAUUAUGGAAUUCCUCAUUUAUCUGUCACUAAAUAGUAGACAACUAUACAUAUUAUUAUUAUGUGAUAUUUAUAGGAGAUAUGAAAACUCCGAUAUGCGGUUCUGCAAGUUACAGAUGUAUGCGACAGUAUUCAAACAACGGUAUAACAUUGUAGAUAUAGAACAAAUAUGGUAUCUACUUAAUAAUAAUUAAUAUUUCAACAUUAUAUUUGUAUAGGUUAUUCAAUUUUGAAUAAACAAUUGAUUAAUUUAAAUACAACAAAUGAUUGUAAUUGCUUAGAAACGUGUACGCAUAUUAGAUAUCAACACAAUGUUGUGUAUACGCAUAGAAAUUUGACAAACAAUGUUAUACAGCCGGAUAAACAGUAAAUAUUAUUAGAUAUAAAUAUAAUAUGUUUCUUAUGGGUGGUACACUCAAUACUCGUAUUUAAAAUAAGCAUUUGUUUUAAUCGCUGUGAAUUUAAUAAUAAGAUUGUGUAGUUACCUAUUUAUUUUAGGGAAAGGAGCAUAAUUAGAGCAUAAUAGGUAAAUUCCUAAAUAUUAUUUGAUUUGUAAAUUAAUCAAUACCGGUCUUGUAUGCUGUACGUUAGAUUACGACCCUAUCUAUUUCAAUUAAAUUCUGUUUAAUUAAAUAAAAAUCAUAAUCAUAACAGGGAGACAGAAAUAGUUUUGGUGGCAACAAAUAUCUGGGUACAGUAAUUAAUUUGGUUGUUUUGUAGUCCAGAAAAACAUAAUUUUUACAAGGGGCUCCCACAAAUUGAUUAUACCCUCACCAUUUUAAUCUCAGAGUUGUGAAUUCAAACUCCAUGUUGGGCACUAUUUAGUAAUAAAUAAAACAAGUAGGGACAGAGAAAGCAUGAAAUGAUUGAAUACUUAAUCUAGCUCACCGCUGAAAUUGCUUAAUAUUUUCUACGAGAGUAGGAAAAAUUCCAAGUAUAAUAUGUGACAAAUUCCAGACCUAUCUUGCGUGGAACUUUCUCAGUAGUGGUAUUGACGUUGAAAAUGAGCAUACUUUCCAUUCGAUUUAAUCAGAAUCAAAUAAUAAUAACGUUAUAUUUUACUGUUUUGGGACCUAAUUCAAUGGUUGGUUUCAUAUUUACCCAAAAUUAGGAGCCUGCAAUUCAAUGGUCAGCAAAGGAACACUGUCCCUUUAUGCUCCCAUCCCAAUUUGAGCAUCUACAAGGGUACUACACUUUUUAUUAUAGUUUAGCCUACAUUUUAUAUUUAAUUAAGUUGUAUAACAAUGCUUAGAUUCAUGUUACUAUAAUAAUAAUACUUCCAUGUUUCUUUAUAUGUAGAAAUGAAGUCUCAUCGAUUCUAGUUAUGUACUACAAAAGACAAAUUUGGAGUGUACAAAGAACUGCCUUGAUUUCAGGAAAUGAGCUGCUGGGUAAGUAAAGCCAGUAAAAGUAUUAUUCUCAUUGGUUAUAACCUAUAAGGCCGUAACACGUUUUGGUAUAUAGCUGUAUUUUUAUCUGUAAAUGUAGAACUCGUUUGGGCACAAAAACACAAAAUAUUGUACCAAUAUAAUAUUAAAGUAGGUAUUAAAAUGUUUUGUUUUCGUAGGUGUGUCCAAAUUUUAUUUUAAUUUGUACUAAAACGUGUUAUUUGUCUAGAGAUAAACCGGAACGGUGUAUUCAUUUUUCCCCAAACGUACUGAGAUCGGUUACAAUAUUGGAAUUAAAAUUAUUUUGUUAAGUAUAGUCUUCUUCUUCUUGGAGGGAUUUGUGAAAAAAUAAGUUAUAUUUAUUAAUUUUUUCUUUUCGCUUAACAUUUUCUCGACCGAAUUCAUUUUACGAACUUUUGAACACCACUAUCAAUGAAAUGUUGUUGUUUGUGGUCAUCAAAUAUGAACAUUAUUACAACUGAUGUUGUUAAAGUAAAUACUAGUGAUAUGAGAACUCCUUUUUAAAUAAUAAUAAUUUAAGAUUUUGGGAGCCAAUUAAAAUAUACAUUUUUCGGGAGCCAAAUCAAGGGUCAACCUUCACAUUAAUCCAAAAUUGGGAUCCAAUUCAAUGGUUGAUUUUUCUCCCUGCCCAAACUUAAAAGUUGAAUAUCUCGUAAACGUAUUGAAGGAAAUCAACAAUUUGAACACCAUUGUAAAUUUUUUAUAAUUAAAUUACAAUUUUAAUUCGUACCGAUGUUUAAUUCAAAUUUUAUUAGUUUGUAUAUUAUUAACUCCAGAAACUCCAGAACUACCACUAUCCCCGUAAAUACGCCAUUGAUCUACAUCAGACCUUUGUAGUUUUAUCUAAUUAUAAUAUUUUAGAUUUAUAAUAAGUAUAUUUAAAUUUUAAUCUGAAUAUUUUGGUCUAGGUAAUAUUGGUGGAUCAUUGGGCUUAUUUCUUGGUGCAAGCAUUAUUAGUGUGUUUGAAGUAAUAUAUUUUUUUGCGAUACGACUGUUUGUAGAUCGCUGGAAUAAAAUAA